AUGGCGCUGGAGCUCGCGCGCAACGGCGUCCCCGUGACCGUCGUCGACCGCGCGGACCGCCCGGGAACCGUCAGCACAGCGGCGUCGUGGGCGUGGUUGAACGCGAACAGGAAGGAGCCGGUGCACUACCGCGAGCUCAACCUGAUGGGCAUGGACAUCUGGAAGACGGACCCGCUGCUGUCCCAGCUCGCAGACUUCAACGGCUGCAUCGUCCUCGACGACGCCACGGGCGGCCAGGGCGAGGCGUACCCGUCCGACCCCCUGACUCAGGACCAACUGACAGCGGCGGAGCCGGGCCUCGCACCGCUGGCGGCGCCGCCGGCGCACGGGACGCGGAUCUACCGCCAGGAGGGCCUCUGCGACCCCGUGCAGGCCACGGAGGCCAUCCUCGCCGAGGCCGAGCGCCUGGGCGCGCGCGUCAUCUUUGGGCAGUCGGCCGACUACGUGCACGUGGAGGGGGGGGGUGUCAGGCUGACGCUGUCCGGCGAGGCCGAGGCGGUCGAGGCGGACGCGGUGGUGCUGGCGGGCGGCGUGGACGCGCGGACGCUCGCGGCGGGACUCGGGACGGAGGUGCCGAUGUUGCACCGGCCGGGCAUCCUGGUGCACACGGCGCCGAUGCCGCCGGGGACGCUGAAGCACAUCGUCGUCGCGCCGUCGUGCUACAUGCUCCAGCGCCGGGACGGGGUCGUCGUGAUCGGAGAGGACCAGAACGGGUCCGCGGGCGGCGCGAGAGCCGACGACGCGUCCGCUGACAACGGCCAGCGUGUCCUGUCUGUUGCCGCAAGAGUCCUCCCGGCUCUGGCGGGCACGGAGCUCGGCCGCGUGACGCUCGGAAUGCGCCCGUACCCCGCGGACGGGCUCCCUGUCGUCGGCUGGCUGCCCAGGCACGAGGGAAAGGCGUAUCUGAUGGUGUCGCACUCGGGCGUGACGCUGGCGCCCGCGAUCGCGCGGCUGGCGACGAAGCAGAUUCUCGGGCAGGAGGUGCCGGCGCUGGCGCACUACGCGACGGACCGCGACUUCGGGACGCAGGGCGACAACCCGUACGAUUUGCAGUUCCACGGCAGCGGCGAGCAGGCCAUGAAGCGCGAGGCGACCGCGAACUAG